AUGAACGCUCUUUUCGCCGUCGCUCUUCUCGGCCUUGUCGCCGCUGCUUCCGCCGGAUUCAUCGGUGGUUUUGGCUACGGCCACGGUGGUUACGGCCACGGAGGCUUCGGCCACGGCGGCUUCGGCUACGGCGGUCUCGGCUACGGCCACGGCCAUGGCCACCACGCCGUCGCCGUCGCUGUCCCUGUUGCCAUCAAGGUGCCCAACUACACGACCGCCCACUACUCCUCCCACGUCAACCACGGCGUGACCGCCUCCGUCCGCGGAUACGGACAUGGAUACGGCCACGGCUACGGCCAUGGUGUUGCUAUCCAUGGUGGCUUCGGCGGCUACGGACACGGUCACGGUGCCGUCGCUAUUGCCGCUCCCAUCAUUUCUCAUGGCUACGGUCACGGCUACGGCCACGGCUACGGCCACCACUAA